CAGACGUCGACACAGACACACGCCACUUUUUCUCGCAUUCGCUCUCAUCGUGCCGUGCAGUGAGGGUAAACGCUUGCCAUAUUAGCCGUUUUGCGUCUGUGUUGGUCCAGUUGGUCCAGAGAGUUGCAGCACCCCUGCCCCUCUCGAGAGCAUCGGGCCGUUCCCGGUCGGUAAAAGCCCAGAACAAACGGAGAUUGAUCGGGGGAGAAAAAGAAAAACAAAAAAAACAAUCGUAUCGGAUAUUCUUAGCAAACCAACAAAGGAUUCGUCACCGUCAAUUCCACUCAACAGGUGGCGAUUGAAUCGCCAAAGGAGCGAAGCCGAGAGACAAGCGUGAUUGGACCGAACCCAUCGGUCGGUGUGUUCGUGUGUGUGCGACUCUGGUCUUGUGGCCUCUAUCUGAAUAGCCCGGCGGGCGGGAGCAAAGCGGCAGCUACAGGCUUUACACCAUGAGUCAACAGGGAGGAGAUGUCAGUUUGGCCCGCGACAGCCCGGCCGAGCAGGUGGUCUCGUCCGUCAUUAGCCAGUUACAACAGCAGCAUCAGCAGCAGCAGCAGCAACUUCAACAGCAAGAAGGAGCAGGCAAUCAACAACAGAGCAGCGCCGAAGACGAUCAAGUCAUGGUGGCAACGGAACGAGAUCUGGCCGAGGAUGCCCAGUGGAAGCGCAUCCAGCAAAACACAUUUACACGAUGGGCCAACGAGCACCUGAAAACCGUCGACAAAUUCAUUGGCAGUUUGGAGACGGACCUGUCGGACGGACUCAAACUGAUCGCCCUCGUCGAAGUCUUGUCCGGCAAGAAAUUGCCCAAGCACACCAAGAAACCCACCUUCCGUUCGCAGAAGCUCGAGAACGUUUCCGUGGCUCUGAAAUUCCUGGAGCAUGACGAAGGCAUCCGCAUCGUCAAUAUUGAUUCCAGCGACAUCGUCGACUGCAAAUUAAAAUUGAUCCUUGGCCUAAUAUGGACGCUCAUCUUGCACUAUUCCAUCUCGAUGCCCAUGUGGGAAGGAGACGACGGCAGCCGCGACGGCAAAGGACCUACGCCCAAGCAACGAUUGAUGGGAUGGAUCCAGUCCAAGAUCCCCGAUAUGCCCAUCACCAAUUUCACCAAUGACUGGAACGAUGGACGCGCCAUCGGUGCCCUCGUUGACGGUGUCGCUCCCGGUUUGUGUCCCGAUUGGAGCGAUUGGGAUCCCAAAGAUGCCCUACAGAAUGCGACUGAAGCCAUGGGCUUGGCCGACGAUUGGCUCAAGAUCCCUCAGCUGGUCAAACCCGAAGAGAUGGUUAACCCCAAUGUGGAUGAACUCUCCAUGAUGACCUACCUGUCGCAGUACCCAAAUGCCAAACUGCAACCCAACGCCCCUCUCCGCCCCAAAGCCAAUCCCAACAGACCAGCUCCACCCAGGGUCCGUGCUUACGGUCCCGGUGUUGAGCCAACCGGCCCCGUUGUCGGAGCACCAGCCAAUUUCACCGUCGAAACCUUUUCGGCCGGUAAAGGCAAUGUCGAAGUGUCUGUGGAUGAUCCCCGCGGUCAAAAGAUCGCUGCUGAGGUCAAGUUCAACAACGACCGCAAUCUGUCGUACGCGUGCUCUUACACGCCUCUAAUGGAAGGUGUUCACCGCGUCAUCGUGAAAUACAACGGAUUGGAUAUUCCCAAAUCGCCGUUUGAAGUUAAAGUGGAGGGUCACGCUGGCGAUGCAUCCAAAGUGACUGCAUCCGGACCGGGAUUGGAGCCGGAGGGAGUUGUCGUCAAUAGACCCACCUAUUUCGACAUCUUCACAAAAGAUGCGGGAAAAGGCGUUCCUGAAGUGAUCGUCCUCGAUCCGGCCGGCCAACGUAAUACGGUGCCAGUUAAAUUGCGUCAAAUCAGCCCGGAAGUGUGGCGAUGCGAAUACGUCGCCAGCGGGACCGGAGUCCAUUCAAUCAACGUGUUUUUCGCUGGACAACCGAUCCCCAAGAGUCCGUACGGUGUCCGCAUUUCACCCGUCUCGGAUGCCCGCAAAGUUCGAGCUUCCGGCCGUGGUAUUCAACCGAACGGCGUCCGUGUCCGCGACGUCGCCGAUUUCCGCGUCCACACUGAAGGCGCCGGAGAGGGCCAGCUCGACAUCCGUGUCAUCGGUCCUGGCGGAAGCAACGAAGCGGUUAAAUUGCGCAAAAUUGACGAACACACGACCGAAGCCGUGUACCAUCCGACGAAAGAAGGACGCCAUGUCGUCAUGGUUUCCUACGGGGGACAGGAGAUUCCAAAGUCGCCUUUCGAAGUCAACGUCGGCCCUUACAAGGAGACGGAAAUUGUUGUCUAUGGCCCUGGAUUGUAUGGCGGUGUCGUCGAUCAUCCCGCCUUGUUCACUGUCGAGACCAACGGCAACAAUGGCGCUCUUGGAUUCAGCAUUGAAGGUCCAUCGCAAGCCAAAAUCGAAUGUCAUGACAAUGGCGACGGUUCAGCCGAUGUUCGUUACUAUCCGGUGGCGCCUGGCGAGUAUGCCGUCCACAUCCUUUGUGACAACGAGGACAUCCCCAAAUCGCCUUACAUGGCCAACAUUCUGCCAAAGUCCAACUAUUAUCCAGAAAAGGUUGAAUGCUUCGGUCCCGGUCUGGAGAAGACGGGCGUCUUGUCUGGCAAAUUGGCUCCGUUCACCGUCGAUAGUCGCAAAUCUGGUGACACAUCGGUACCCGUCGAUGUCAGCGUGAUGGACGUCGACUACCACUCUGUUCCCGUCAAGAAAGUCGAGAAAGCUAAAGGGCUGUACGAGUGCAGCUACGUGCCCGAGAGGGGCGUCAAGCACACAGUCCAAGUGAAUCAGGGCGGUGUGGCCGUCAAGAACAGUCCGUUCCGCGUCUACGUCUCAGCGCCCACCGAUUCCAGCAAAGUCCAAGUGUUCGGACCCGGCGUCGAGAAGGGAGUCAAAUCCAACACGCCAACUCAUUUUAACGUCGAUGCUCGCGAUGCUGGACCAGGCGAUUUGAACGUUAGCAUCACCAAUGAAAAGAAUCAACCGGUACCCGUCCAGGUGGAUGAUAAUGGUGACGGUACCUAUUCCGUCGGUUACACGCCGUCCGCCCCCGGACCGCUUAAAGUGAACGUUUUGUACGCCGGAAAACUGAUCCCCAAAUCGCCAAUUGCUGUCCAGGUCCUGCCGCAUGUUGACGUCUCCAAAGUGAAAGUCGACGGACUCGAUCCCAUUGCUCCCGUCAACAGCCCGCAGCAGUUCAGAGUCAUCGAUUUGGCCGCCGUUGGAUACCUGGCCGACGUCGCUGUGGCCAUCACGUCUCCUUCAGGUGGCCGCGUCAAGUCCACCAUUGCACCGAUCCGUGACGGCUCCUUGCCGGGCUACUGGAUCGAAUACACGCCAUCCGAGUUGGGUGACCACCUGGUCGACAUCCUCUACGGAGGCGAACUCCUAUUGAAUCGAGGCGGAAUUCCUUAUCGCGUCCGUUGCGUCCUGCCGCCAGCCGCCGCCGCCGAGAUAGUGCGGGCUUACGGGCCGGGACUAUCGGGCGGCAUGGCCGGCAGAGCGGCCGAAUUUGUCAUCGACACUCGAGGUGCCGGACCGGGCGGAUUGGGUGUGACGGUCGAAGGUCCGUCUGAAGCGGCCAUCCAGUGCCGGGACAAUGGCGACGGGACCUGUUCCGUGGCUUACCUUCCGUCCACCAGCGGUGACUAUCACGUGAACAUCAGUUUCAACAAUCAGCCCAUCAGCGGAUCGCCGUUUGUGGCUCGCGUCAUUGACAAUCCUGUCUCCAAGGUCCGCACCUACGGAAGUGGAAUCCAGCGCGACAACGCGGUUUUCUUGGAUUCACCGACUGAAUUCACUGUGGAUUCACGAGCCGUUCCCAAGAAACCUGGCGAUGGCCCGGGAAAAGUGACUUGCUUGGUUCAUAAUCCAUCAGGUUCCUUCUCGGAACCGGUCAUCACCAGUCAGCCGGAUGGCCAAAACCGCGUUGCUUACACUCCGUUUGAAGAAGGACCCCACAAAAUUGAUGUUAUGUACGAUGGCGUUCCAGUGCCCGGUUCUCCGUUCACUGUCAACGCCCGUCGUGGUUGCGAUCCCAGCAAAGUGAAAGCUUUCGGACCCGGCCUGGAACGUGGCGUGGUCAAUGAGCCCAACAUUUUCACCAUCGAGACUAAAGGUGCCGGAUCAGGAGGCCUAGGUUUGGCAAUUGAAGGUCCCUCCGAGGCCAAAAUGACAUGCCGUGACAAUCGUGACGGUUCUUGCACUGUCGAGUACGUGCCUACCGAGGCCGGCGAUUACGACAUCAGUAUCAAAUUCGCCGACCAGUUCAUUCCCGGCUCUCCGUUCAAGGUGCCGGUGGACCGAUACGUAGAUGCUAAUUCGGUUCGAGCUUACGGUCCAGGUCUGGAGCCGAAUAAUUGUCGCGCUAACAUCCCUCAACGUUUCAAGAUUGAUGCCACCAAAUCGGGAAAAGCCCCACUGGCCGUUGACAUCCGUUCCGAUAAGGGACCACUGGCCCAGAAACCUGAAAUCAUCGACCAUGGCGAUGGAACUUAUGAUGUCACCUACAUGCCACCGCCGGAGAAUUCAACUUGCAAAGUCCGUGUCACUUAUGGUGGCAAAGAUAUCCCCAAGAGUCCGUUUGAGAUGAAAGUCCGACCUACGGUGGAGCCCAAGAACGUCAAAGUCACUGGCCCCGGUGUGUCCAGCAAAGGCAUUCCGGCUUCAAUUCCAGCGGAUUUUGUCGUCGACACGACUGAAGCUGGCUACGGCGACCUCCAAGUCCAAGUUCUUGGCCCGGAUGGAUAUCCGCGCAAAGUCAAGGUAUCCGACAACGGCGACGGAACUUUCAAAGCUACCUACACGCCCGAUGAUCUUGGCCAGUACAAGGUAAACGUCAAGUACGGCGGCAAGGAAGUCCCGCACGCUCCGUUCAACGUCCAGGCCCAUCCUACUGGAAAGGCGGAAAGCUGUAAGAUUACUGAAGGCAUCCAACAGACUCUAUCUAUUGGCGAAGAGUAUUGCAUCUCCGUCAAUGCCAAGAAUGCUGGAAAUGGUGCCGUCACUUGCCGAAUCCGCGGUACUUCCGGCAGCGACAUGGACAUUGAUAUUGAUGAUAACGGAGACGGAACUUUCAGCGUUUACUACACUGUCAAAGACGCCGGCGAGUACACACUGAGCAUCAAGUUUGGCGGCAAUCCCGUCCCAGAUGGUGUCUACAAUUUCACCGCUCAAUCCGGAGACGAACCUGUCAAGAGAAGCCCAAGCGAUUCGAAAUAUCGACCGGUUGAGUUACACAAUAUCCCCUUGCCAACCACCGGCGGUCAAGUUACAGGAGAAGUAAAAAUGCCGAGCGGCAAAAUCGACAAAGCUUUGAUUAAGGACAACCGUGAUGGUACUGUUAGCAUUCAGUACGAACCCCGUGAGGAGGGUCUUCACGAGUUGCACAUUCACUACAACAGCGAGCACGUCCAAGGAUCGCCGUUCAAGUUUUUCGUGGAUUCAGUUCAAAAUGGCUUGGUGACCGCCUAUGGUUCCGGUCUCACUCACGGUGUCUGCGGAGAAGCUUGCAACUUCACCAUUUCGACCAAGAAUGCCGGAUCGGGUGGUCUGUCAUUGGCCGUCGAAGGCCCCAGCAAAGCCGACAUCGGCUGUAAUGACAACAAGGACGGAACCGUGUCCGUCUCUUAUCUGCCACUCGCUCCCGGUGAGUACAAGGUGUCAGUCAAAUAUGCCGACAAGCACAUCGCCGGAAGCCCCUUCGCCGCUAAGGUCACCGGAGAAGGCCGUAAGCGCAACCAGAUUUCGGUUGGCUCAAACAGCGAAGUCCCGUUGCCCGCUGCCGGUCGUGUGGCUGACGCCGAACUCCGCGCUUUGAACGCAUCUAUCCAGGCGCCUUCGGGACUCGAGGAGCCUUGCUUCUUGAAAAUGCUUCCCAAUGGCAAUCUUGGCAUUUCGUUCACUCCGCGUGAGAUCGGCGAUCACUACGUGUCCGUCAAGAAGUUGGGCAAACAGAUCCAAGGAUCGCCGUUCAAGAUCAAGGUUGGCGAACGCGAAGUUGGUGACGCCAAGAAGGUCACCGUCAGCGGCAAAGCUCUGUUGGAAGGCAAAACGCACACCGACAACACCUUCAAUGUUGACACUCGCAAGGCCGGCUACGGUGGUCUGUCGUUGUCCAUCGAAGGUCCGAGCAAAGCUGAGAUCAAGUGCAAGGACAACGAGAACGGCACCCUGGACAUCUCUUACCGUCCGACUGAGCCUGGCUAUUAUAUCAUGAACCUCAAGUUUGCCGAUCACCACGUCGAAGGAUCACCGUACACCAUCAAGGUUGCGGGUGAAGGUUCCAACACCCAGACGGAGCGCAUCAAGCGUGAACGCCCCUCUGUGCCUCAGACGGAGGUGGGCAGCAAAUGCCGAUUAGCUUUCAAGAUUCCUGGUGUCUCCACCAUGGAUUUGUCGGCUUGCGUCACUUCACCAUCCGGCGUUACCGAAGGAGCUGACAUCGGUGAAACCGAGGACGGAAGUUAUGGAGUCUCGUUCGUUCCCACCAUGUUGGGCGUUCACACUGUGUCCGUCAAGUAUAACGAUGUGCACAUCCCCGGCUCUCCGUUCCAGUUUACGGUUGGUCCGCUCCGUGACGGUGGAUCUCACAGGGUCCACGCUGGCGGUCCAGGUCUUGAGCGCGGUGAGCAAGGGCAGCCGUGCGAGUUCAACGUCUGGACCCGCGAGGCUGGUGCUGGAUCGCUCGCCAUCUCGGUUGAAGGUCCCAGCAAGGCUCAAAUCGAUUUCAAGGACCGUAAAGAUGGCUCAUGCUACGUCGUCUACAACGUCUCUGAACCAGGUGAAUAUCGUGUCGGUGUCAAGUUCAACGACAAGCACAUCCCCGAAUCGCCGUUCCGCGUUUACAUCAGCCCGGAACAAGGUGAUGCACACAAGAUUGAAAUCGGUCAGUUCCCGGAAUCCGGUUGUGCACCCAAUAAACCACAAGCCUUCAUCGUUCGUAAGAAUGGUGCCAAGGGAGAAUUCGACGCCAAGGUGGUUUCUCCAUCUGGAAGUGAAGACGAUUGUUUCAUUUCUGCCAUCGACACUGAUAUCUACUCUGUGCGCUUUUUGCCACGCGAUAACGGUGUCCACUACGUUCACGUCAAAUUCAAUGGCGUUCAUAUCCCCGGCUCACCUUUCCCCCUCAAAGUAGGCAAAGAAGAUGCGGAUCCGGCAGCAGUUCACGCAGCUGGCCCUGGACUUGUUAAAUCGCAGACUGGUCACAAAACGGACUUUAUCGUCAACACUUGCAGCGCCGGUUGCGGUACGUUAGCAGUUACCAUCGACGGUCCGUCAAAGGCCUCAAUGGAUUGUACUGACGUGGAGGAAGGUUACAAAGUGCGGUACACUCCACUGGUGCCAGGCGAUUACUUUAUCGCCGUCAAGUAUAACGGUUUCCACAUUGUUGGCUCGCCAUUCCGAGUACCCUGCACGGGAGAACUGUUGGCUUCGAAGGGUGUCACAGAAACAUCAUCCGUCAUGGUCGAAACGGUAACCAAGGUGUCCAAAAAAUCGUCUCAAGUAUCACUUCCCGUGUUCAAGUCUGACGCCUCCAAAGUCACCAGCAAAGGCAUGGGACUCAAGAGGGCUUACAUGAAUAAACAGAACACCUUCAGCAUCUCAGCGUCUGAUGCCGGUGCUAACUUGCUCUUCGUGGCCGUCUAUGGACCCAAAGGCCCAUGCGAGGAAGUUUUUGUCAAACACUUGGGUCACAACAGCUACCAAGUGAAUUACGCCGUCCGUGAUCGAGGUGAUUACGUCAUCAUCGUCAAAUGGGGAGAAGAUCAUAUUCCCGGAUCGCCUUUCAAAGUCGAAGUGUAGAAGGAGUUUACACCACACGCUGAAUUUUAAUCGGUUGACGAGAGAUUUCCCAAAUUGAAAAAAAUUUUAAAAACAAAAAAUUCUAAGUAGAUUUUGCCCAAGAAAAAAAGCACAAAAAAAUUAUUAUGUUGAAAACUUACCCCUCCCUUUUCCCAAUCCUUCUUUAUCGCCAAACUCACCUGCUGAUUAGACGAGCAAGAACACAAGAACGACUGGCUAUAGACACUGCCAAAUAGCACACAAACAGAGGUGGAAACGAAGGACUUGUCGAAAUCGUCACCAACUUGAGGAAAAAGAUAAAAUAAGUGAUUGCAGACGAGUGAACAUUUAUUGUCUAACACAGACUUCCGGAAUACAUCCUUGCCAGCCUUUUGAGUGCCCUAUCUAUAUCCAUGACACCCUCUCCUCCUCUCUUCAAUCGCUUGGUCACCGUAGUGCUUUUAAACUCUAAUUUUAGAGUCUUAGAGCAUGGUAGCGAACCCGCUAAACGUUUUUGUUUUUGUUUUCAAAAAUUAGUCUUGUACGAAAAACUGCCUUUGAUUUCCCGUCUUUGUCAUCUCUUUUUCUGUUUUGACGUUUAUUUCUUUUUUCAACGGUGUUUUGGGAAAAAUGGAGCUGUCGCUAUAUCACGAUAAUGCCUUUUUCCGUAUCAAUCUCUACUUUCAGUUGUUCAAUUUUAUUAUCCUUAUACCUUAUUUUUUGCUUUUUCGCUUUUGAUAGAACUCACAACUUUUUUUGGCUCUCUCCCUCUCCGUCUUUCUUCUCUUUAGCUCUUUUAUUGUAUGAGAAAUAUAAAUAAAAUACAUUCACGGUUUGAAAAAAAUGUCAGACCGCAUCCGGCCAAAAAUAAACUCGUAAAGAAGUGUA